AUGCAGGCCGCGCACUGCCCCGACCGCGCGCAGGCGAAGGCCAUGCCUGGCCACGGUGGGCGGCCCUGCCAGCCCUCCGCGUGGGGAUUGGGGCCGUCUAACCCGGCUACGGCGGCCGCAGCAGCACCCGGCCGUGGUGGCCUCCAGCACCUCGAGCGGCGCGACGGUGGCCUCCAGCACCUCGGGCGGCGCGACGACGACAGCGACCUUGGCCGUGGUGGCGGGAGACGACACCAGCCUCCCCUGCUGGCCAGCAGGACACUACUGCGGCCGCCUAGGCGCUUCAUGGGGAGCGCGGCGCGCCCCACGGACAAUGCCCCAGUUCCAGCAUAUUUCGCCAUGGCCCACACCGUCUAUGCCGGGUAUUCAAAGUUUUGCGAAAACGGUGGCCUCAGCUCCUUGGCUGCCAAGAAUAGCAUCUGCAUAUCCUGCCUCUAA